AUGUGGCUGGCCAAGAACUUCAUCGACGUCUCUGAGGACGUUGUGGUUGGCAACCAGCAAAGCGGCAAAAUGUUCUGGCAGCGGAUUGCAGAGAAGUACAAUGCCGGUCGACCUAAAGGCUCGUUCGAGCAUACCUACGUGAAGCUACGCAAGCAUUGGGGUCGGGUCCAGGUGGAGAUGAACAAGUGGAAUGGGAAGUGGACUAACGUAGUCCGGAUGUGGCCGAGCGGGCAGAGCGAGAUGGACCUUGUGGAUAAGGACAAGGCAGAUUUCUUCGCUGACGGGAAGAAGCACUUCAAGUACUUCGAUGUUUGGAAGCUUGUCGAGAAGAGCCCGAAGUACACCGGUGGGGCAGAAGCGGCGGUGAAGAGAACCAAAGUAUCCGCCGCCGGACACUACUCUUCGAGCGAAGGAGCUCCACCAAUCGACCUCAACGUGACAGACGACGACUUCUUCCUGUCAUCUCAUGGUACUCAAAGCCGUUCGAUGGGCACAAAGGCGGCAAAGAGGAAAGCAAAGGGAAAGGCAACUGCGAGCCACUCCGUUAUGCCGCCGCCGCCCAAUCCUUCCCUGGAUAAGAUAUAA